CAUUGACAAGGAAGAUACCCUUCUCCACAUAACUCCGAACUGCAUACUUCCAUUUCCACAACUUUCACCAGUUUUCCUUACAAAGAAAAAUCCGCCCUCCCCCUCUCUGUUUCUUUGUUCGGGUCCAAUGAAGGAAGCUGACAAACAGAUUGAUACACGGGGAAAAACGAGUUUGGGAGUCAUGGGGUCGGUCUUUUCUACCCUCGCCUUUGGUUUUCUUUCUUUGUUUCUCACUCGUGUUUACCCCGUUUAAGACGGAUUAAAGAUUCAAGGCCGUCUCUGUUUCCUGGUCUUGUUCUCAGUCUUUGAUUUCCAAUCUUCAGACACUGGAAAAUCCUCUGUUUUCAACCGUUCUGUUUUUCCUUUUUCUUUGCUGUACUCUCUAAAGUUUUAAAGAAUGAAAAAUACUGACAGAAGAAGAUUCCCUGAGCUUGUAUCAGAACUACAAGCUUUAGUGGAAGAGAUAGCCUCACUUGCAAAAGAAUCAGGAUCUGAAAGAGAACUAUUCUCUGAAUUCGCACGUCUUCUCAAUAAACUUGCUCCAGUUUUGAGUGAUAUAAGGGAUAACAAAGAUGUCAUGGACACGGUCACUAUCCGAAAAGCGAUAGAAUCGCUCGAGAAAGAGCUUAAACGUGCUAAGACUUUGAUCAAAACCCCUGAUUCAAAACAACCGAAUAUAUGGAUCGAAGACGUGAUACAAGAUCUGGGGAGAUCCAUAGGCCUUGUUCUGUUUGCUAGCAUUGAUCUUCAUUUUGAUAUGAAAGAGAGAAUUGGUGCAUUGCAUAAAGAAUUCAUGACUGUGAAGUUUGAUGCAAGCUUAAGUCCAAGUCCUAGCCCAUCUCCAAGUCCAAGCAAUGGAUCUGCGUAUGUUAGUGCCACAGCAUCAGAGAAAGAAAUCGAGGAAGAAAGGACGGAAAUUGAGGAGGAAAGAACAGAAAUAGAAGAGGAAAGAUUGAAUCUUACUAUCGAUGAUGCUGUCCUGCAACUGAAGUAUGGUAACGAUGAUGAAUUCAACUUCGCGCUUUUGGGGUUCAGCGAGUCUAUUAGGCAAGGAUUGAUUACAAAUGAAUGGAUAAAUGAAGAAGGCAUUAUCUCCAUUCUAGUUAAUAGGUUGGGAUCAUGUAAGCCAAUCAACCGUUUGAUCAUUCUCCAGAUACUGAAACAACUUGCUUUAGAAAAUGCUGAGAACAAGGAGAAGAUGGCAGAUGCUGCAUCUUUAUCAGCAUUGGUGAAAUCUUUGACGCGGGAUGUGGAAGAGAGGAGGGAAGCUGUAGGGCUGUUGCUUGAUCUGUCAGAUCUUCCUGCAGUUUGGAGACGGCUUGGCAGAAUUCAGGGAUGCAUUGUUAUGUUGGUUACCAUGCUUAAUGGGGAUGAUCCAAUUGCUUCGGACAAUGCUGGGAAGUUGUUAAAUGCAUUGUCAAGCAAUACACAAAACGCACUGCACAUGGCAGAGGCUGGUUACUUCAAGCCCCUAGUGCACUAUUUGAAGGAAGGCUCAGACAUGAGUAAGAUCCUCAUGGCAACUGCAAUGUCAAGAAUGGAGCUCACUGAUCAAAGUAGAGCCUCCCUUGGAGAAGAUGGAGCAGUGGAACCUCUCGUUAAGAUGUUCAAUGCUGGAAAGCUUGAAGCAAAGUUAUCAUCUUUAAAUGCAUUGCAAAAUCUGUCAAACUUGUCGGAAAAUAUACAACGAUUGAUCACUUCAGGCAUAGUAGUAUCUCUGCUUCAGCUCCUUUUCUCUGUCACAUCUGUGCUCAUGACUCUUCGGGAGCCUGCUUCAGCAAUUCUUGCAAGAAUUGCACAGUCGGAAUCUAUUCUUGUUAAUCAAGAUGUAGCGCAGCAGAUGCUCUCCCUUUUAAAUCUCUCAAGUCCAGUAAUUCAGUAUCACCUCAUACAAGCACUCAACAGCAUUGCUGGCCAUUCUAGUGCAUCGAAAGUUAGAACGAAAAUGAAGGAAAAUGGUGCAAUUCAGCUUCUUCUACCCUUUCUGACUGAAAGUAAUGCGAAAAUCAGGACCGGAGCUUUGAAUUUACUUUACACUCUUUCAAAAUAUUUACCUGAAGAAAUGACAGAACAGCUAGGCGAAAGCCACCUAAUCAUCAUUGUGAACAUUAUCUCAUCAUCACCGUUGGACAGUGAUAAAGCUGCUGCAGUUGGCAUAAUGAGCAACAUACCAAUUAGCAAUAAGAAAGUGACAGAAGUUCUCAGGAAAGCAAAUUUGCUGCCAAUUUUGGUUUCCAUUAUGACUUGCACUCCUUCAACCUUAACAUCCACAUGGCAUUGGUUAGCAGAAGGCGUUGCAGGUAUAUUAAUCCGAUUUACAAUCCCUUCUGACAAGAGACUACAGCUUCUCGCAGCAGAAAAUGAGGUGAUUCCUUUGCUUGUGAAGUUGGUUUCCAGUGGAUCAUUGGCUGCUAAAUGCAAAGCUGCUACCUCACUGGCUCAGCUAUCACAGAAUUCGCUAUCCCUACGAAAGUUGAAAAAGUCAAGCUGGUUCUGCGUUCCUCCUUCUACCACUGCAUUUUGUGGAGUCCAUGAUGGCUACUGCUUUGUUAAGAGCACAUUUUGUUUGGUCAAGGCAGGUGCUAUUCCUCCAUUAAUCCAAAUAUUGGAAGGUAAAGAUAGGGAAGCAGAUGAAGCUGCUCUAAAUGCACUUGCAACUCUGUUGCAAGAUGAGAUUUGUGAAAAUGGAAGUAAUUACAUUGCAGAAAAGGCAGGUAUUCAAGCAAUCAUCAAAAUCCUGGAAUCAACAACUGUAAAGGCUCAGGAGAAAGCACUAUGGAUACUGGAAAGGGUUUUCAAUGUUGAGGCUCAUAGAGUAAAGUAUGGGGAAUCUGCUCAGGUAGUGCUCAUUGAUCUAGCUCAGAAUGGCGACCCCAGGAUAAAAUCAUCAACUGCAAAAUUAUUGGCACAGCUUGAACUCUUGCAAGCUCAAUCUAGUUACUUUUAA